AUGGUGAUAAUCGUUCACAACUUCACGGACGUAUUCGAUGACACCUUCGAAUCAGCCGUCGUAAACUACCAGAAAAACCUCGGACUUACGGUCACCGGAAAGCUCGACGCCGUCACCGUUACACAAAUAAUGUCACCGUUCUGUGGUCUCAUCUCGAUGUUUCCGCGUUAUGAUUACUCAACUGCCGAUAUAAAAAUCGGAUUUUAUAAAGGCGACCAUGGUGAUGGAGAGCCGUUUGACAGCGUUUUGGGGGUUUUAGCUCAGGCUUUUUCGCCGAAAAACGGUAGGCUGCAUUUAGAUGAAGCUGAAACGUGGGCCGUUGAUUUUAAAUCGAGUAAAACUAUGUGUUGUGAAGAAUAUAAAGGCACACAGUUGCAAUCAAACUUCAAAUGA